UGGUUGGUCUGCGGUUGUUUCGCGCAGCGUCACGGAUUUUCUAGAGUUGUUUUGUAUCCGUCGGACGAGUACCAAGUGGCUAUUGCGCAGGGGACAGCGUGAUGUGCGAUCAUCAUAGUUAUAUGGUCAAAUACUUCCAUUAACAUUGAGAUCGAGAGGACCUACCCUGCCACCAGCAUGGUGCCCGGCGCAGGACCGAACGCUGAGACCAUCAGCGAGCUGAAUGACCUGAUCAAGGCUUGGGAGGAUGGCAUUCGGGACAGCAGCUGGGAUCCAACGCCCACCAUCAGACGGAUAGCCGAGAUAGUGGAGGAGGAGAACAACAACUACCUGAAGACAGAUCCGGACCCGUUCGAUGAGCGCCACCCGACCCGGGUGAAUCCACUGUGCACUUUGGGCCAGCUCUUCAAGAUCAUCUGCAAAAAGGACAGCUUCAUGGACAAGCUGGUGCUGGACUACACGCGCGAGAACUUCUGGACGCGCUCCGCCGGCCUGUCGCGUGACCCGACCGAGCUCAACACGCACGCCGCCCGCCUCCUGCUGGACAUCAUGGCCGGUCUGGAGACGUCGGUCGUCUUCCAGGAGGCCGAGAGCCUGAUCCGGCGGCUGUUCGGCUGGGCCGAGUCGGCCCCGGAGCCUCUGCGCAGCUACGCCACCGGCCUGCUGGCCGCCGCCAUGGAGGUGCAGGACAUCGCCGGCAACUUCAGGGAUUCGAACGCCCGCCUGGUGCCGGUGAUGAUGCAGCGGCUGAAGAGCCUGCAGGCCGAGACGCUCGGCGCGCCCGGCCAGACGGAGGGCGAGGCGCGCCGAGUGCUGGCCGACCGGCCCUUCGCCCAGAUCAGCGGCCUGCGCUGCACGGCCGGCGCCAGCCAGCCGGAGAACAGCAACUCGUCGUGGGCCGAGCUGCGGCCGCAGCUGAUCGGCACCUUCCAGAUGCACCCGAUGACGGCGGCGACGCGCCAGAUCCUGCUGCUGCGCUAUCUGACACCGCUCGGAGAAUACCAGGAGUGGCUGGGUCACGUGUUCGAGCAGAACAUGAUGGCGCUCGUCUUCCGCUACAUCAACUUCCGGCUGAACCCGGACGCCCGGCUGGCCUUCGAGGCGCUCAAGUACCUGUCGGCGCUGCUCUGCCACAAGAAGUUCACGCUCGAGUUCCUCAGCCGAGGCGGGCUGGAGCUGCUGCUGGAGAUCCCGCGGCCGGGGAUCGCCGCCACCGGCGCCUCCAUGUGUCUGUACUACCUGGCCUACAGCGAGGACGCCAUGGAGCGGAUCUGCCAGCUGCCCGAGCGGGUCAUCACCAAACUAGUCAGGUACGCGCUCUGGCUGCUGGAGUGCUCGCACGAGUCGGGCCGCUGCCACGCCACCAUGUGCUUCGGUCUCAACUUCCAGUUCCGGCCGAUCCUGGAGCAGUUUGACCGGCAGGACGGCCUCCGCAAGCUGCUGAACGUGGUGGGCACGCUGCGCAUGAUCACCACGGGCAACGUGGACACGUUCGACGAGAACGACGACGAGUUCACGGCGCGCCAGACCAUGCGGCACGUGUGCUUUACGCUGAAGUGCUACCUGGAAGCGCAGCUGGUGAUGAAGGCCGACGAGCUGAAGCACGGCUCCGUGCAGGAGCGCUCGCCGCCGCUCGCCGCCGGACACCUGAGCCUGAAGGUAACACCGGAGGCCGUGCAGGAGAACAUGGAGACGAUGAUGAUGCUGAUGCCGCUCCGGGCGCGCUGGAGGCCGGUCAACACGCUCUACAAGCUGGGCGGCAUCAAGACUCUGCUACAGAUCAUCGACAUCAGCCAGGACAUCAACUACUCGGGAAAAAGCGAGACGAUCCGCUCGGCGCUGGACGCCAUCAACAUCUGCGCGGUGCUGCCGGCCGUGCAGCUGCAGCUGGCCGAGCGGCACGCCUUCCCCGGCGGCCGCUCGCUGGUCGGCGUCGGCCUCGUGGUGGCCAUGGCCGAGAUGGAGAACAUGGGCGAUCCGGAGGUGCAGAAGUCGGCCAUCCGCGUCAUCAUCACCUGCGUCUGCGGUCCGCUGCACCGGCCGGGCUCGGCGUCCUCCGCACUGUCGGCGCCCUCCAGCGCCAAGAAGCGCGCGCUGCGCCCCUACGACGACCUGCUGCCCAUCAUGUGGGAGUCGGUGCGCACCAACAACGGCAUCAUGGCGCUGAUGGCGCUGCUGCAGGCCAAGCAGCCCAUCACGGACGCCGACUCUGUGCGCGCGCUGGCGUGUCGCGCGCUGGUGGGCUUGGCGCGCAGCGAGGCCGCCCGCCAGAUCAUGUCUAAGCUGCCGCUCUUCACCACCAGCCAGCUGCAGAUGGUCAUCCGGGAGCCGAUACUGCAGGAGAAGCGCGCCGAGCACGUGCAGCUGCAGCGGGACGCGCUCGAGCUCGUCGAGCUCGUCUCGGGCAAGUCGAAGCGUCUGCCGGGCGCCGACACCGACAUCACCAUGGACACCAUCCACCGCGCCAACGUGGUGGCGCAGACGCGCAUCCACUACAACGAGAAGCAGCUGCUGCAGCUGAUCCAUCACCACCUCGUCAGCAAGGGGAUGCAGGAGACGGCGAUGGUGCUGCAGAUGGAGGCCGGCCUGCCUGUGAGCGCGCCGAAGACGCCGCACGCGAUCCACCCGGUGGCGGCGCUGCGGAUGGCCAGCACGCUGCCCGCCACGCCGCGCCAGGGCCGAACGCAGAGCGCCGGCAGCCGUAUAUCGGCCACAGGCGACGGUCUGGCCGGCGGUACGCCACACACCCAGCCGCUCCACAUCCGCGUCAGUCACACCAGGGGACCGCGCGCCGAGGCCGCUCUCUCGCCCGUUGCCACGUCGCACGGCCGCGCCAUGCGGCAGAAGUCGAGCGCCGACCCGGCGCUCUUCAAGCUGGAGCGGCCGUGCGCCGCCGCCGCCACCGACCCCAUCACGCUGGACCGCGUCGUCACCGAGUAUCUGAUGAACCAGCACGCGCUCUGCCGCAACCCGAUGGUCACGUGUCCGCAGUUCGACCUGUUUGAGCCGCACCGGUGCCCCGAGCUCAAGUCGAAGCACUCGGCGCCGGCCAACCUGGCGCAGCGGCUGACGCGGCGCGCCGUGUUCCCGCCGCACGGCGGGCCCGACGGCCGCCGGCUGGACACGCGCCUCAUCUACAGCCGGUACUGCCCGGUGCGCACCUUCCGCGAGCUCACCGACGACGACGCCACCAUGUUCACGUGCGCCACGUUCACGCCCGAGGACAUGAAGUACAUGAUGAUCGGCACGCACGACGGCACGGUGAAGGCCUUCAACCUGGACUCGGGCGAGGUGGAGGAGACGUAUACGUCCCUGCACGCGUCCAGCAUCACGCAGCUGGAGGUGAACCGGUCCGGUAACCACAUGCUGACCUCGUCUCGCCGCCGCCGACCACUCUCCGCCCUCUGGAGGAUCGAGAACGUGUUCGAGAGCAUGGUCAGCUUCCCCGAGGACGAGUACGUCGAGUUCAGCAAGCUGACGCAGACGCAGGUGCUGGGCACGCAGCGCGCCACCGGCACCAACAACUUCACCGCCAACCUGUACGACAUCGCCACCGGCCAGCGCGUCAGUCAGCUGGUGCCGCGCGACGGCAAUGGCUACCAGGCCAACCGCGCCACGUUCGACCCCACCGACGAGCUCGUGCUCAACAACGGCGUGCUGUUCGACGUGCGUGCGCCGCGCGAGGUGCACAAAUUCGACAAGUUCAACAACACCAUCAACGGCGUGUUCCACCCGAACGGACUGGAGAUCGUGGCCAACACGGAGGUGUGGGAUAUGCGGACGUUCCACCUGCUGCGCACGGUGCCGGCGCUGCAGCACUGUCGCGUGCGGUUCGCCAACGGCGGCCAGGUCCUGUUCGGGGUGCGGCUGUCGGGUAGUGAUCGCGACCAGGACGAGCGCGCCUACGAGGAGGCCACCGCCUUCAAGGUGAUCGACUCGGCCGACUACACCAGCAUCGCCACCGUGGACGUCAAGCGCCAGCUGUACGACCUGUGCGUCAACUUCGACGACCGGCUGCUGGCCCUGGUGGAGUCGCAGCUGGAGAUGGGCGACGUCGAGCUGGACCAGUCGUGCGUGCGGCUGUACGAGGUCGGCCGGGUGCGCGGCGACGAGGACAUGGACGACCAGGAGGAGGAGGACAACGUCGACGACACGGACGGCUCCGACAUGUCGGACAACGUCGCGAGCGACAUUGCCAGCUUCUUCAGCCUCGGCCGUCGGCGAAAUGGAAACGCCAACGGAGAUGUGUCCGACUCGGACAUGACGUUCGUGGCCAGCGACAGUGACGUCUCGUCGCCCAGCCGGUCGGAGCGCAGCCAGUCCAGCGGCGCCGCCAACGACUCGAACGGCUCCUGGGUAACCGAGGAGGAACGGGAGGAGCACGACGGCGGAGAUCAGUGGGAGUCGUGGUGACGCUCCGUCUCGCCCGGCUGGCCCAGCGGCCAGCUUCCGUCUCUCAACUCCAAGGCAAAAGUCGGCCGACCGGGGCCAUAUUGCGCUGCCGCCCGCCGCCGCGUUUUUACAUUUCCAGUCCUACCGCGCCGAGGAGCGACGCUUGAUCCUGUGGGGUAGAUCUGGAAUGAAGUGGUGCGAUGUUGUGAUGGGUUUGUCCUUGCUGCCAUCUUUACAGUGGGCAGAGUGAUUCAAUAAACCACUGUCUGUU